AAGUGUUAAUUGUGCUGUUCAAUGUUAAAUGCUGCAAAGAUAAAAUUGUAGGUAGAAAGAGGCGGUGUUUUUCGUAACUAAUAUUUGCAACUUUAACCCACUUACUCGCAUCGUGGUUCAAGGGCAGAGGUUGAGGAAGCUCUUUUCCAUAAAUAUUUGAUGCUAUUGGAAAUUUGAGCUAAAAAUAAAGAGACAUUCGGUGCAUGAAUCACGGUUACAAUUACUUACGUGCCAACACAUAUUUAGUGCAAGGUGAAGUGAACAGUAAGAAAAUUUAGUUGAGAUCAUCGUACGCUCAUAGUCUUCAAGAUGGCUGCUCCCGAAGUACCACGUACUGAGUUGCAGGAAUUGCAACUUAAAUCAGGUCAAGUGGCUGAUGAGUCUCUCGAAAGUACCCGUCGCAUGCUUAAUAUGAUGGAAGAGAGUAAAGAGGCUGGAAUCCGCACAUUAGUAGCAUUGGAUGACCAAGGGGAACAAUUGGAUCGAAUUGAAGAAGGUAUGGAUCGUAUUAACGCGGACAUGAGAGAGGCAGAAAAAAAUCUAAGUGGUAUGGAGAAAUGCUGCGGUUUGUGUGUUGUGCCUUGGAAAAAGGUUGCGAUCAAAGAUGAUGGCGAUAGUGCUUGGAAAGCGAAUGACGAUGGCAAAAUAGUUAAUAGCCAACCCCAAAGAGUUGCAGAUGAACGUGAACGAAUGGGAGGAGCGCCACCGCAAAGUGGAUAUGUACCACGUAUUACUAACGAUGCUCGAGAAGAUGAAAUGGAUGAAAAUCUGGGGCAGGUAAAUUCUAUGUUGGGAAAUUUGCGAAAUAUGGCGUUGGAUAUGGGAUCCGAAUUAGAAAACCAAAACAACCAGAUUGAUCGUAUAAACGCUAAGGGUGAUGCUAACAAUGUUCGCAUGGACGGUGUUAACAAGCGUGCCAACAACUUGCUUAAAAGCUAAACACGAUAACAAAAAAUUUAUGCAGACUAGAGCUGAGAAGAAAGCGCAAAAGUGCACAAAUACUAAAACUGAGACAAAAUAAAGCCGGAUUCAAAUUAAUAACAUCUACGAAAUCCCUAAUGCACACAAUAAACUGCACAGUACCGAAAAUACGUACCAAAUGCGGUGCAUUUUUACAAUUUACACGUGACCAGUAACUAUAUACAUAUACAAUAUACAAUAUAUACACUAAGUGGCGGAAAUCGCGAAUGACUAAUAACAAAUGCUGAACUAACUACCCACCACCUAAGAAGCUACUUACAUUAUACACUUAUACAAAACGAUUUUGAAGAUGAAAUGGGAGAAGUAUCUUAACUAUGUGCAUAUAUACAGUACACUUACGCACGUAUAAUUUUAUUGUAAUUUGUACUCGAACUUUUUGAGAGCGUUUGAUUAACGCAUUUUACUUUUGUGAAAGCUUCUUUUCCUUUUACAUUCACAAAGAAAAAUGUUUGAGAUUAUACACUUUUGUAGUGGAGUAGAUGUUUUAGAUCAAGACGUCUACACAAAUAUACAUACACAAAUUUACAGCUGCAUUGUAGGCAACAAGGAAACACUACAUAUUUAAACGCAGGCGUUUUCUAUAAAAAUCUUCUUCGUGUGUUCGAAAGCCUGCUAUUUACUUUAUGUAUUGCGUCAAAUCGCAUUAAAAGGAAAUUAACAAAUUUAGACUCUAUGUAUAUCUUUAAAUUAUUUAAUUUUAGAUAGUAAGUUGUCUUAUUUAUAAAUAUAUUCAUUACAUGUAUUAAAAACGUAAACAUCUUUAAGCAAAUUUUGUUCUUGUUAACAUGUAAAUUAUAAAUGAAUAUUGUGUAGAUUAUCAAAGCAUACUGUAUUAUUUAAAUUCAUAAAUAGACAAACGUUAAUAUUUAUGAAAUUGUUGUUUCCUAUCCUGCUCACUUAAAAUUCCGCAGGGCAUUUACCUAUUGAAAGGCGAUACUUCUUCAAUAAAUUGACCAACUUAUGACGCA